AUGGGUCAGAAUGUAUGGGUACUUUUUGAUUCGGGAGCUUCGCAUUCUUUUAUUUCCAAUACAUGUGUGGGGAGGUUGGGAUUAGAGGUUCAUGACUUGGGGUGCGAGCUAGUAGUCUCGACACCGACGUAUGGGCAAGUUACAACCAGUACUAGUUGUGAUGGAUGCUCGAUCGAACUGGCGGGCCGUAGGUUCAAGGUGAACAUCAUCUGCUUGCCAUUGGAGGAUUUGGAUGUGAUAUUGGAGAUGGACUGGCUGUCCAAUCACCAUGUGGUAAUGGAUUGUGGAUGGCACAAAUUGAUAUUCCCAGAAACUGAAGGGGUAAAAUUGAUCUCAUCUCAAGAAGCUAUGAAAGAACUGAGAGAGGGAGCUACCUGUUUCAUGAUGAUAGCUCAGUCAGAGAAAAAGAGUAGUGAAGAGCAGCUCCGUGGAUAG